AUGGACUCGCUCCGCCUCCGGCCGUCCUCGCUCCGCUCCGCGCCCGGCGCCGCCGCCGCCCGCCGGCGAGAUCAUAUUCUACCAUCAUUCUGUUCCAUCCAACGAAAUGGUGAACGGCGAGUUUCUUUGUCCAUCCAAGCGUCCAAAGGCCCUACUGUUGAUCAUUGUAAAAAAUUCUUGGAUUGGAAAUAUUCCAACCAUAGGAUAUCACAUCAAUCGAUAAAUACUUCUGCAAAUGCUGGCCAAUCACUACAACCUGAAACUGAAGCACACGAUCCUGCAAGCAUCUGGAAGCCAAUAUCAUCUUCUCUGGACGCGUUCUACAGGUUUUCUCGGCCGCAUACCAUAAUAGGAACAGCACUAAGCAUAGUCUCAGUUUCCCUACUAGCGGUCGAGAGCUUAUCUGACAUUUCUCCCUUGUUCCUCACUGGUUUGCUGGAGGCAGUGGUGGCCGCUCUUUUUAUGAACAUCUAUAUUGUUGGAUUGAAUCAGUUGUUCGACAUUGAAAUAGACAAGGUUAACAAGCCAACUCUUCCACUAGCAUCUGGGGAAUACUCUCCUGCAAUGGGGGUUGCAAUAGUGUCAGUAUUUGCUGCUAUGAGCUUUGGCCUUGGAUGGGUUGUUGGAUCACCACCUCUGUUUUGGGCUCUUUUUAUCAGCUUUGUUCUUGGAACUGCUUAUUCAGUCAAUCUGCCGUACUUUCGAUGGAAGAGAUUUGCUGUUGUUGCAGCACUCUGCAUAUUAGCAGUGCGUGCGGUGAUUGUUCAACUGGCAUUUUUUCUCCACAUUCAGACAUUUGUUUUCAGAAGGUCGGCAGUCUUCUCAAAGCCAUUGAUAUUUGCAACUGCUUUCAUGACAUUCUUCUCAGUUGUAAUAGCAUUAUUCAAGGAUAUACCCGAUAUUGAAGGGGACCGCAUCUUUGGAAUUCAAUCUUUUAGUGUUAGAUUAGGUCAAAGCAAGGUUUUCUGGACUUGUGUUGGUCUACUUGAGGUUGCCUACGGUGUUGCGAUACUGAUGGGGGUAACUUCUUCCAGUUUGUGGAGCAAAUCUCUAACUGUCAUGGGCCAUGCAAUCCUCGCCAGCAUCUUGUGGAGCAGCGCACGGUCCAUCGAUUUGACAAGCAAAGCUGCGAUAACAUCCUUCUACAUGCUCAUCUGGAGGCUAUUCUACGCGGAGUACCUGCUCAUCCCUCUGGUGAGAUGA